AUGAUUUCAAUGAAGAUGAAAAUACAAACUUCAAACAGCUGUACAAGUAUAUGCCCAAAGUCCAAUUUUCGGAUGCUAAUAUGUGGUAAUUCAGGGUCAGGCAAAACAAAUUUACUUUUUCACAUCCUUAUGAAACCAUUAGUCUAUUAUGAUCAGAUCCAUUUGUAUGGCAAAAAUCUGGAACAGGAAAAGUAUCAACACAUGAUAGAAACAAUGAAUGACAUUAGUAGCCAGGUUGGAUAUGACAUAAUGCACUGCAAUAAUGAUGACAUUAAACCUGUAAAUAGUCUGGAGAGCGAUGCCCAGAAAAUUGUAAUAUUUGAUGACUUCAUUUGUGUUAAAAACCAAAAGCCGCUUAUCGAUUACUUCAUUCAAGGCCGUCAUAAGAACUGUAGUGUUAUUUACCUGCCACGAUCAUUUUAUAAAACUCCAAAAGAUAUCAGACUAAACUGCAGCCAUUAAGUUAUUUAUAAUUUCCCUAGCAGUAAUGAGAGAAAUAUGAUCUCUAGAGAGCUGAAUGUAACAAAGGAUCAGUAUAUUAAAGCAACAAAACAGCCGUACUCAUUUCUGUAUGUUGACAAACCAAUGAAGACUGUCAAAAGAAACUUUUAUGGAAAUAUCUAAUAUACUAUUAUAAAAUGGGAAUUUUUAAUCAACAACCUAAUUAUAAUCAAUCAUAUACGGUAUUACUGGCCCUCAAGGA